AUGCACGAUCAAGAAGAGUGGCUAGACAAGGACAAAACUUUGGUAAACGAAGAAGAAAACGCCGGUAAUAACCAUUCUCAUGCAAAAAAGGACUUUAAUAACCAUCGGGUCGGUAAAAGUGGUAUUAAGGAGUUGAAGAAGCAUGCGAACCAGAAGGAGAUUUCAAUACAAAAUAGGGAGUUGACGAAGCAACUUACUAUUCUCAGACAAGAAAAUAACCACUUACAGCAGGCUUGUAAAAUUCUCAGUGAAAAUAAGAUUACGGAAAACAGGAAAUCCAUAGAAAAAUGGAGAACAAUUUGUGAGAUGGAACUUUCUUUCAUAUUAAAUUCUACCUUAAUUAAAAUUAAUAGAAUGGGCGGCUAUAAAGACUUUCUAGAAAAGGAAAUGGAGGCAAAAAAGAGGAGAUUGGAAUAUCAGAUUGACAGCGGUAUGGAAGAUCAAAUUUAUGAUAUAAAGGAAAGUGAAGAAUUUAAGCAACUUUCAAAAGUUGAGCAACAAGAGUGGGAAAGUCAAAUGAAUGAACAGCUGAAAGAGUUGGAAAAAAAUAAAAUAGCGGAGUUGGAGAAACUAAAUAAGGUGCUGCUUGACUGCGAGGGGAAAGAGUUUGGCAUGGCAGAACUAUGCAUUAGGUUAAAACUUGAUUAUAACUUAAUCUUCCCACAGUGA